AUCUCACUUUAUCAUACGCGAGUACGACUGUUCUUUUCUCUGGGAGAUAUCAAGUAAUGAUUUGAGAAGAGCGCAGAAGAGCGUGACAAAGCGAAUCUGAACUAAAUUCAGAGAAACGAUGAAUGUUGCGGAUGGGGUUGGAUAUUCACGAUCGGAGGUAUUUGUGCUUGUGGCAAGAGUAUCCUUUGUUGCGGCCGUUGGAUUUUUUAGUAUGAAAUGGAUUAUGAAUCAAUUGGAUCCAACGAAUAAUGCAAAAAGAAAAGCUAAGAAAAAGGCCCGUGAACAGUUACGGAAACUGGCCAAAACGGAUAAUCUUUUAUGGUCAGUGGACAUGGACCAAUUGACAGAUUAUGAAAUGAUGAUAGCAAAUCAUAUAGUGGAUCCUACAGAUAUUCGAGUGUCAUGGGAAAAUAUUGCAGGUCUUGAAAAUGUUAUUCAAGAACUUAAAGAAACAGUGAUAUUACCUAUACAGAGGAAAGAGUUGUUUGAAGACUCUCAGUUAACCCAAGCACCAAAAGGGAUAUUGUUACAUGGUCCACCAGGUUGUGGUAAAACGAUGAUUGCUAAAGCAACCGCCAAAGAAACUAAAACGUGCUUUAUUAACUUAGAUGUAAGCAUUUUAACUGAUAAAUGGUACGGUGAAAGUCAAAAGUUAACUUCAGCAGUCUUUUCGCUUGCUGUAAAGCUUCAACCAUGCAUCAUCUUUAUUGAUGAGAUCGACUCAUUCUUAAGAGCACGAAAUUCACAAGAUCAUGAAGCAACUGCAAUGAUGAAAGCACAGUUUAUGUCUCUUUGGGAUGGAUUAAUUACGGAUCCUUCUUGUACAGUAAUAAUAAUGGGUGCUACCAAUAGGCCACAGGACUUGGAUAGAGCUAUUCUUAGACGUAUGCCAGCUACCUUUCACAUUGGUUUACCGAAUGAGUCACAACGAAUGCAAGUUUUGAAAUUGAUAUUACAGCAUGAACCAAUAGCUGAAAAUGUGGAUAUAGCAAAAAUAGCAAAAAUGACGGAAAAUUUUUCUGGUUCAGAUUUACAAGAACUUUGUAGGAAUGCAUCUGUUUAUCGCGUUCGAGACUACUUACGCACUCAUACACAAGAUACAUACAUCGGUACCGACGAUGAAGAAUAUCAUGAUGCUGUAAGACCUAUUACUAUGGAAGACCUUCUCACAUCGUACAAGAAGAUGAAAACGUCUAAGAUACAUACCGGUACUCUGGGUAUUGCUAAAUUAGAGUUAGAUUAAAGAACAAAGGAUAAUUUUACGAAUUAAUAAAGUUUACAUUUUCUAACGAAAAAUCAGGAAAAUAUCAUUUUAUAACAACAUUCUUUGUUCCGAUAUAUUUAAAUUGUUGUCUUUCUAAUUCACGAAAAAUACUAAAUUACUUUAAAAGUACGCCGAUACGUAAUUACCUAUUUUAAAUCCACCAUUGCACGUGAUUAAAUUUAUGUAAUAUACAUGUAAUAUAAAAUUGUAGCGUAUGUUAAUUAAAAAGGGAAAACGCGUACGUUUAAUGUAAUUGACAAUGAUACGAAACAAUAUAGAAAAACUACUUCUUUUAAAAAUCUACCUCGAUAGGUUUAAUCAAAAUUGAACAAAAUCUUCUAGUACUUUUAUUUCUUUGUUGUAAUUUAUUUCAUGUUUCUUUGUAACCAUUCGAUACAUCAAAUAGUAUGCUGGAAGUUUCUAAA